GCCAGUCUGGACCGAGCCGAUAGGCCGAGACCGCCGAGGCGGAAGCAACCGACGGUCGCCGCGCGCUCCGGCGGGACCCCGGCACCGCCGCGGCGUCAAAGCCGCUCCGACCGCGCCGCCGCCAAGUCGUGUCGCGCGGGAAACUGCUCCCGACUGACUCACAACGCUGCGGUCUCAUGCGUCACCUCCGAUGGCCUGGUGAGUCGUGAGGAGCGAGGGCUGAGGGUACGCGCUCCUUCCGGGCGCAGGACUGGAUCUGAAGCGCGCGGGAGCUCCGAAGACCCCGAGCGCCGCGGAGAAAGGCCGUCUUGUGGCGGGAUGGGGAGGUUGGCCGUUGCCGCGGCGGUGGCCGUGUGGGCGAUCCCGAUCGCCGCUUUGUUGGACUCCGUCGUGCCUGAGCCCUACAUGGACGAGAUCUUCCAUGUUCCCCAGGCACAUCAAUAUUGCCAUGGAGAUAUCUUGACAUGGGAUCCCAUGAUCACUACCCCUCCUAGCCCGUAUUAUGUUUCACUAAUAUAUGUUGUUUCUUUGUUUCCUGUUGCCUGUAUGAUUCGGGUGACAGAAACAUUUGAUGCUCUUUGCUGCCAAUGGUGCCGUCUCAUACGUACAAGAUCUUCACCUCAAGGACAAUGUUUCUCACUUGCUUUGAGUGAUGCAGGUGCUAAGGAAGCUCAUGUUGUUUCACCACACUUUGCACAGUUUCUGUACUUUGGUCUAGUAUCUGCCGCAGCCCUCCUACCAUGGCAUUUCACUCUCAGCCAAGUAUUGGACCUAUUCCGCUGGUUUAGAAAGAAGAAAACCUGUAGUUCUCUGGCAGUGUUGAUGGCUCUUGGUUUAAGCUUCAUUGCCGUACAUUUCUUCAGCGUCACUCAUCUGUAUCUUCUUGCUGACAAUAGACACUAUACCUUCUAUAUUUGGAGGAAGUUUAUCCAAGUUAACUGGAUGAUGAAAUACAUUUUGGUUCCACUUUAUGUGUUCUCAUGGUUUUCAAUCAUCAACGUCAUAGGGAAAUCACAGACACGGGUGUGGGUGCUAUCGUUUGUUCUCUCAGUUGCGCUGGUUCUCGUACCUGCCCCGUUGGUUGAAUUCAGAUACUACACAAUUCCAUUCAUCAUACUGGUUCUUCAUUCUCCAGUAAUUGGCAACAGCAAAUUGCUUGCUCUGGGGUCGCUCUAUGCAGCUGCUGACUUGUUCACUCUGGCGAUGUUUCCGUUCCGACCAUUCCAUUGGGAACAUGAGCCUGGAACACAAAGGUUCAUGUGGUAGUUUAGGAUAAAGCACCCGAACAGAGCAAGCUUCAGUUUACAAUAGUCUUGAACAUGAACUAUUACGACCGUUAAACAUACCUGUGUCCAGCUUAUUUAGGUCAUUUUCAUUGGGUCGUUGAGUGAAUCCAUAGGGAAAAAUCAAAACAGUAGUGAUGAGUGUUGUAAUUUCCUUUUUCAUGUCAGCUUUUAUGUAGAUUAAAGGUUCUGAUGAGCCAUUACACAAGUCAAAAAUGGCACCUGGUGCAUUGUUUGAUCGCAUGAUUUUCGAUGGAAACAACGAUCUAUGUACAGUAUUGGACAGGACGUGCAGUAUCACACAGCAGGAAAGUGAUGCCUCCGGAAGCAGUACUGACAAUUUUGACGAGGUAAUCCUCUUUGAGUCACUCGCAGCUGCAGUGUUUGGCCGUAGCUCUUGCUGACUGAAGGAAGAAGCUUUGCGGAUGGAUAGAUGGUUUCAGCUACUGACUAGUUGAGAGGGCUUUUCCUAGUGAGCUAAUAUUAUUCUAUUGCCCCCUGUUACUGAUGGAGAUUGUUUGUAUUGAUAACAGGUGCCAUUUAGACCGGACAAAUGGACUUUCCAAUUGUGCAAUAUGCCGACGAUACUAUUUAGUCUUAAAAGGAUCUCAAAAAGAGAUUUUUGUCUCAAA